AUGGGCAAGAGUAGAUUCAAAGAGUGCACUUGGCCCGACAAAGCCGUGCCUCCGGACUAUCUAGCGGAGAUAAAACGCGAGUUCACCAGGGUUGAGUCUCUUUGUAGAAACAUCAGUCGGAAUAGAGUGGCCUCCGUCACCGCCGAACAGAUACGACUUGGCGUCCAACUGCCCUCUCUGGUCGGCUACACCUUCUCCAAGGUCCUGCCGGCGUUUGAUAUACUCUUGGACAAACUGGCGAGCACGCGAGAUUUCAGCCGGGUCUCCUUCACCAUCGUGCCCAUACUCUUUGUCGACUACAUGGGCUGCGAUUGUCUGGCGGUGCUGGACCACUUCCGUCGCGACAGCAUUGAUGUCCUCUUCGGACCGAUUCCAGACUUUCAGCUCAGCUACUCGGCCAGAAUUUCCACCGCCAUGUUCGUCCGACCCGUCCUCGUGCCAUCCGGUUUCACUCCUCGUCUCUCCGACAAAAGGGAGUACGGCAUGCUGACACGCACCCUCCUCGACUACUCGGACCUCAACGCUGUGUUCACCAGCACCUUCUCCCGAUACGGUUGGCUCAACGAACACACGCCCACGAUCGGCCUGUUCAAGGUGGAGGAGACCACGCAUUAUUCCACUAUUGUGUUAGCCGAAGGGCUCUCCACCUUCUUCAACAGCAUGAGGUACAAUCUAAUCGAGCAGCAGAUAAAGAAUAAAAAUACAACCUUCAGCGUCCUGCCGCUCUAUGCCAGAGGUGAGUCAUUGGGCCUUUUUUCCUCUUUCGACCCCACGGAAAAGUGUAACGUCCUCACUGAUCUCAUACGGCCAUCUUGUGUGAGUGUGCAUGUGUAUUCUCUCGCGAGGCUCUCUAUCACACAUUGGCUUGGUAAUGGAGUAACCUUCAUUUCGUUUGAAGAGACGAGUGGAAGGGAUUUGUGA